CUGCAGACCAGGCACUCUGUUGGCGAGAUGGCAUCCAACAAGUUCAAGCGGAUGCUGAAUCGGGAGCUGACACAUCUCUCGGAGACGAGUCGCUCCGGGAACCAAGUCUCUGAGUACAUCUCCAGAACUUUCCUGGACAAGCAGCACGAGGUGGAGAUCCCCUCAGCACUGGCCAAGGACAAGGAGAAGGAGAGGAGGAAGCGUCCCAUGUCCCAGAUCAGCGGCGUCAGGAAGCUCACGCACAGCUCCAGCCUCGCCGCCGCCGGCAUCCCUCGCUUCGGCGUGCGCACGGACCACGAGGGGCUGCUGGCCAAGGAGCUGGAGGACACCAACAAGUGGGGCCUCAACGUGUUCAAAGUCGCCGAGUACUCGGGGAACCGCCCGCUGACGGUCAUCAUGUACAGCAUCUUCCAGGAGCGGGAGCUGAUGAAGACCUUCCGCAUCCCUGUCAACACCUUCAUCACCUACAUGCUGACGCUGGAGGAUCACUACCACGCCGACGUGGCCUACCACAACAACCUCCACGCGGCCGACGUGGCACAGUCCACCCAUGUCCUCCUCUCCACACCUGCACUGGAGGCCGUCUUCACGGACCUGGAGAUCAUGGCUGCGAUCUUCGCCAGUGCCAUCCAUGAUGUUGACCAUCCUGGUGUCUCCAACCAGUUCCUCAUCAACACCAACUCCGAGCUGGCGCUGAUGUACAACGAUGCCUCAGUGCUGGAGAACCAUCACCUGGCCGUGGGCUUCAAGCUUCUCCAGGAGGAGAACUGUGACAUCUUCCAGAACCUGAGCAGGAAGCAGAGGCAGACGCUCCGCAAGAUGGUCAUCGACAUGGUGUUGGCCACAGACAUGUCCAAGCACAUGAACCUGUUGGCAGACCUGAAAACCAUGGUGGAGACCAAGAAAGUGACCAGUCUAGGGGUGCUGCUGCUGGAUAACUACUCUGACCGGAUCCAGGUCCUGCAGAACAUGGUGCACUGUGCUGACCUCAGCAACCCCACGAAGCCGCUGGAGCUGUACCGGCAGUGGACCGACCGCAUCAUGGUGGAGUUCUUCCACCAAGGAGACCGGGAACGGGAGAAGGGCAUGGAGAUCAGCCCCAUGUGUGACAAGCACACUGCCUCCGUGGAGAAGUCCCAGGUUGGCUUCAUCGACUUCAUCGCUCACCCGCUGUGGGAGACGUGGGCAGACCUGGUGCAUCCUGAUGCUCAGGAGCUCCUGGACACGCUGGAGGACAACAGGGAGUGGUACCAGAGUAUGAUCCCACGCAGCCCAUCCCCUCCACCUGAGGGACCUGCAGCAUCCCCUGCCAACACCGACAAGUUCCAGUUUGAGCUGACGCUGGAGGAGGAGGAGGAGGAGGAGGAAGAGGAUGGAGAGUCGGACACGGAGCUGGAGGGAGCUGAGAGCCCCUUGGAGGAGGACAACAGUGGCUCCAAGACUCCAGGCACGGAUGAGUCGGAGUCAGCAGACACCAAGCUCCUGUCACCUGUCCCCAGGAACAGGGACUCGCCUGUCCCUCGCCCCAGCCACGUGGACAACCGUCGGGCACUGGAGGGGACACUGCCCAAGGAUGCUGGUGGUGGUGGCUGCUCCAUGCCAGGCCCUGAGGACAGCCAAGGGCUGUACCUGGACACGGAGGGCAACGUCACAUUCCUGUCCCUGGGCACAUAG